UAUAUGUUUGACCUUGUAUCAACUGACUUCCACAUUCAGCUGUCACUGUUCCUAGGGAUCAUGUCACUCAGUGGCUGUUCUUUCCUCUUAAUAUUUUGUACUUUGGUUUCAGGUCAAUCGAUCCAACGGGUAUGUGAGACGGAAGGCUGCAAGGAAACAGCGAAAAGAAUCCUGGACUACAUGGAUCCCUCUGUCAGGCCUUGUGAUGACUUCUACAAAUUUACUUGCGGGAAAUUUCUAAAAACUGCAGAAAUACUUGAUUAUAAGGCAGCUAACACUUCAAGUAUUCAAGUUGAAUUAUUAUUGGAAGAUCGGUUAAAACGUAUACUUUUCGAGGAGUUAAGGCCAGAAGAACCCUCCCCAUAUCGAACAAUGAAACAGCUGGUUUCGCUUUGUAUGGAUGAAGAUAAAAUAAAUGCCAGAGGCGUAGGCCACGCAAUUUCCAGGUUGGAGGCUGCUGGAGGUUGGCCAGUUCUAGGCAACUGGAGCGAGUUUGGUUGGAGCUUCCUGGAAACUGAAAUCCGAUUGUUCAACCUUACUAUUGGGGGCAACAGUCUCUUCCAGCUAAGUGUGGAUAUCGAUCUUAAGAACACCAGUAGAAGAGUCAUAUUGUUAGAACAACUAGAUUUAAAGAAGCCUCGUCGAUCGGUUUUAGUCUCAGGACUAAGCCACCAUCAAGUACAAGCCUACUACAGUUACAUGGUGGACAUAGCAGUGAUGUAUGGGGCAGAUAGGCGAUUAGCAGAAGUUAAACUCAACGAGAGCUUGUUAUUCGAGAUUGAGCUGGCAAAGAUAACCGAGUCGAGAAAGAAUAACCGUGAAUUUGAAAGAUUCUACAACCCGUACAGACUGAAAGACCUGAUGUCAGAGUUUGGAUGGGUCAACUGGACAGCACUUAUAGAAGGCAUGCUCAAUACGCCUGUCAGGGAGGAUGAUCUAAUUAUCGUGACAGAAGUGGAGUUCCUUAAGAAGCUUGAGGUGCUCUUUAAAAAGACUUCUCACGAAGUGAUAGCAAACUACAUGAUGUGGAAAGCAGCCAAUGCUAUGGUGGAUAGGCUGACCAGUGAGAUGAUAGAUAGGAAGAUAAAAUAUAAUAUGUAUGCCAUGUCAUCGAGAACGCCACAACGGUGGAUAUCCUGUAUGGAACACGUCUCCUCUAGUAUGCUUUCAGUAGCUCUUUCUGCACUCUAUGUUAAAAGAUACUUUAAUGAGACUACCAAAAAUACUGCUCUGAAUAUGACGAAAAUGAUACUUCAAGAGAUGUCCCGUGAAAUUCAAGAAUUGGACUGGAUUGAAGAAGGAACCAGAAAACGGGUUGAGUACAAAUUAUCUCAUAUGAAUCAGUUUAUUGGAUAUCCAGAUGAAUUUGGAGAUAUAAGUAAUAUUGAAGAAUUCUACAAAGGUCUUAAAAUUAAUACUAACCAGUUUUUCGAAGCAUUAGAAGAUUUGAUUCGUUGGUCCAACAACUACAACACACACCAACUACGAAACGAAGUUAACAGGACGGAUUGGAAGUCCCACGGAGAAAUAAUUAAGGUCAACGCCUUCUAUGGACAACAUGAUAAUUCUAUAUACAUUCCUGCUGGAAUUCUCCAACAGCCGUUUAUCACCACUCAUGUACCUCAGUAUGUGAACUACGCCAGAAUAGGGUUCAUCAUCGGUCACGAGAUCACACAUGGUUUUGAUGAUCAGGGGAUCCAAUUUGACUUUCAAGGUAACUUUAACGAUUGGUGGGAUAAGCAGAGCAAGGAAAAUUUCAUGAAGAAAAAUCAGUGUAUUAUAAACCAACAUUAUAGCUUUGGGCUUGAUGGAAACUUGACCCAGGGAGAGAACUUAGCAAACCUUAAUGGAUUAAAACUAGCUUACCGUGCGUACAAGCGAAUAGCACAUGAGUUAAUCGAACCGGAAUCUAGGUUGCCACGCUUGGAACAAUACGACAACGACCAGAUGUUUAUGAUCAGUAUGGCCAACCUUUGGUGUACGCGUUACGCUGAGAACACAGCAUUCGUAGGUGAUCAUCCUCCAGACAAGUUUCGAAUCAACGGAGUCCUAAUGAACAUCCCGGAGUUUAGUAAGGCGUUUCAGUGUAAACCAGGAGAUCCUAUGAAUCCGGAGGAGAAAUGUGCUGUUUGGUGAUCCCGAUUGAAUAAUUAUGCCAGUUUUUCUUUAAUUUUCAUUUGAUAUUUUUAUAAAUAAUAUUUAAUUUCUUACAAAAAAUAAAGGCACAUGUUAUUGGUUGCAAAUUGUUUAUUUUUUUAUGAAAUUGUUUAAAAAAAUUAAUG